GUCAUAACAAAAAAGUACUGUUGUGAAUUUCCUAGUUACUUAAAAUUUAAUUAAUAUUUUAUUGAUUUAAUCGUCUUCAUAGCAAGUUAUAGUCAAAUAAUUUGUAAUAAACUUAGUCGGCGCUUCGGGAGAAAAUGGAGCUAGUUAACACAACAUUAUUUGAAGCGGUACAGAUUAAGAUAGAGCCCGAUAAAAUUAGUGAUUGUCCUCAGUCUUCAUUGGACUCUGUUGAGGCAAUAAGUAAACCAAUAAAACGAUCUACUAAAGGCAGGUGCCUAAGAUCGCGAACUGUACCGGUACAACCGGAAGAACUCAUACCGUAUGAUGCUAACUUAAUGCAAAUACCAGGCAUGUCGGGUGCUAAUAAACCGAUAGCACCUGUCUGUGUAGAAGACACCAUACCACAGUGUAGAUUUUGUCUUCGACGAGUCGCUCAACCAAACCUGCAGAUUCUUCGGCCCAUUCAUAAGACCAAAGCCAUUGCCGCGCUGAAAAUCAAAAUUUUUCUCAACGAUGCUUACCCCAUGGCAUGCUGCAAUUGCUUGAACCUGCUAGACAUCAUACUGGACUUCAGAGAGGCUGCUAUCAAAGCUAGGAACUUACUGUUGAACGAGAGAAGUUAUCUUAAGGGCGACGAAUGGGAUAAGCUAGACAAUGUGGAGACGAUUGCAAACUGUAGAGCUGCAGUAGAACGACAUAAAAAUCAAAUCGGUGCUGCUUAUGAAGAUUUUUUGAGACGUCGAAAUCGUAGGCAAGUUCAUGAUGAGAUAAAACGUCCUGAGGAACAAGAAAUUGUCAAACCUAUACCAGUGCAAUCAACCGAUAAGGAAGUUGGAAGUCAAGGUUCUAAUGUUAUUGAAGCAAAUAAUGAUGAGGAUGACUACGUACCGGAUUCGGAUUCUUCGAGUGAAGAUACUGAAGUAGAUCGAAGAGAGACGAAGAAAUCCAAACGAAACAGUCGGAAAAACAAACCGUUAAAUAUUCCCAAACCAAUAAAAGGGCCGUAUGAGCUAUGCGAUAUAUGUGGACAGCGGGUUUGUACGCAAUCUGCAGAAGGACACAAAAAUCGUCAUCUUGGCAUAAAACCUUACACUUGUCCUUCCGUUGGCUGUGGAAUGACGUUUCACAGCAGGUUCAAUCAAGGAUUGCACGUCAAACGGAUCCAUCCUGCAAGUGGUAUACCAACGCAGAAAUGUGAUAUCUGUGGAAAAGUUCUGAGAGGGAAACCUGGAGUUUUAAAUUCUCACAAGCGCCAGCACAGCAUAACCGAGAAAAGCCAUGUGUGUCAGCUCUGUGGAAAGGCUUUCACUCUCAAGCGGUACCUUCGGCAGCAUGCCAUGGUACACUCGGAGGAAUUUCCGCAUAAAUGUAGUUACUGUGGGAAAAGGUUCAACAACAAAUGGAGCAUGAGAACGCACGAAAGGAAUAUGCACGAAAAGCGGAGUCAUGUUCCAGUAGUAAGCAAUGAAGCGCCGGGAAUGUCUACGUUUGGCAUAUUGUGAGCCCACAACGGAUUAAAUCCUGUACAUCUGGCGCAAUUGAGCGGAAAAUGAUGGAUUAACCUUCAAAGGAUGUUAUAUUUCACAAUAUACUAGUGAUUAACAAGCCGAGUAAUUUAGUACAUCAGUAGCUGUAUUUGAGACAGGUUCAUUCCACAUUUAUUUACACAUAAUCAUUACUUCUAUCCUGCGCCAAUUCGCAA